AUGGCGGACGAUUGGGAAGAGAGUGAACCUGUUGUGGUACCGGCACCAACUACCUACGUCCAAAAUUCACGUGUGUUCCAUCCAACUGGAAGGGGAAGAGGAAGAGGAGGAUGGAGGGCUCCUAGUGACGAUUCCAAUCAGAGAUAUCGUGGCCAAGACAACAGGGAUAACCGGCGAAACUUCAACAACGAUCCCAGUAAUAAAAAAAUUAUAACGGUGUCGUCAGAUAAAGUUGGUCGCAUUAUUGGGAAAGGUGGAAGUAAAAUUCGUGAUCUUGAAUAUGAAUCCGAAGCUAAGAUAAAGAUUGGGGACUCCAGCGGCAGUUUGACCACCAUAACACUGUUCGGUUCCACUGAUGCAACCAGUAAAGUCGAAGAUAUGAUCAAUAAACUGAUCGAGGACCGUAAACCUCCAUCGAGGGAACAUUUUGACAACAGUAACACCGGCGGUGGUUCUAACGAUUUUAUGAAAAAAAGUCACGACGGUGUCGAAAUCAUUGAUUGGGAUAAAUUAAAUGCUGCCCAUGAUGAAGAACAACAAAAAAGAUGGGAUAACCUACCUCCGAUCAUUAAAGAUUUCUAUAAGGAAGAUCCCACUGUGGCUGGCAUGACACCAGCUGAUGUAACUCGCUGGAGAUUGGCCAACCAUGACAUUCAAGUAAAAAGAACUUUUGAUGACAAACCAGGGCUCCGUCCCAUACCCAACCCUGUUUUAACAUUUGAACAAGCAUUUCAUCAAUAUCCAGAAAUUUUGGAAGAAAUUUAUAAGCAAGGUUUUAAGCAACCGUCUCCAAUUCAGAGUCAAGCUUGGCCAAUUUUGCUCAGGGGUGAUGACAUGAUUGGUAUAGCACAAACUGGAACUGGGAAGACAUUAGCUUUUCUGUUGCCUGCUUUAAUACAUAUUGAUGGACAAACCAUUCCUAGGGAAGAGAGAGAAGGUCCAACUGUACUAAUAUUAGCACCAACUCGGGAACUUGCCUUGCAGAUUGAGAAAGAAACAUUAAAAUACCAAUACAAGGGAAUAACUUCUGUCUGCCUAUAUGGCGGUGGAGAUAGAAAGGAACAAAUAAAAAUGUGUAAAGGGGGUGUAGAUAUUGUGAUUGCUACACCAGGAAGAUUGAAUGAUCUCGUCUUGGCCAGACAUCUGAAUAUUAUUAACUUCUCAUAUAUUGUUCUUGAUGAAGCAGACAGAAUGUUGGAUAUGGGUUUCGAACCACAAAUCAGAAAGUCCUUAUUUGAUGUUAGGCCUGACCGCCAAACUGUUAUGACAUCUGCCACUUGGCCUGCAGGUGUACGUCGUCUAGCCGAGUCAUAUAUGAAAGAUCCAAUACAAGUGAAUGUAGGAUCUCUAGACCUUGCAGCUGUACACACUGUAACUCAGAAAAUUGUGUUCCUAGAGGAAGAUGAAAAGGAGGCAGCUCUUUUUGAAUUCAUUCAAAACAUGGAUAAAAAUGAUAAAGUCAUUAUAUUCUGCGGGAAGAAAGCUACAGCCAGACAUAUUUCUACUGAACUCUGCUUAAAGGGCAUCGAGUGUCAAUCUCUUCAUGGAGAUAGGGAACAAGUUGAUCGUGAAGCUGCUUUAGAAGAAAUGGUUGAUGGCACAGUCAAUAUCCUAGUAGCAACUGAUGUAGCUUCCAGGGGCAUUGAUAUAAAAGACUUAACACAUGUUAUCAACCUGGAUUUCCCUCGUCACAUUGAAGAGUACGUCCACAGAGUUGGUAGAACUGGCAGAGCUGGGAAGACUGGUAUUUCACUGUCUUUUAUAACAAGACAGGACUGGGCUCAUGCUCAGGAUUUGAUCAAAAUCUUAGAAGAAGCUAAUCAAGAAAUUCCAGAUGAGUUAUUGUCUAUGGCUAACAGAUUUGAGGCUAUGAAAAUUCGUAGGGAACAAGAGGGUGGGGAUAGACGGGGCCGCGGUGGAAGGGGUAGGAGGGAGGGGUAG